CUUAUAUCUUCUACACCCUUUUUAUUCCAACUUUCUUCACCUUCUGCAACUCCAGCAAUCCCCCUUCUCUCUCUCUCUCUCUCUCUCUCUCUCUCUCUCUAUUGUGCUUAGAUUGUAUUUGUAAUCAUCAACAUGAGUCAAUACAAUCAAAACCAGCCACAGGUAUCAUAUGCAUAUCCUGCACCUAGCAGUACUGCAGCAGCAGCUGAGGGUCCCUACGUGGUUCCACCGCCGGUCGGUUAUCCGAUGAAAGAUGGUCAAUCUCAACAACCCCAUAACAACCAACCUCUUCCCUACAAAACUCAGUCUAGGGGCGACGGCUUCUGGAAGGGAUGUUGUGCUGCCCUGUGUUGCUGCUGUGUCCUGGACGCAUGUUUCUGAGGAUUGAUUGAUUUGUAUUUUCAUAAAUGAGUAUUAUUAUAGAGAGACUUGAUUGGUAGUUUUAUUUCUAGUGUAUUUGGAUUGAUAUUAUUUGUGUAAUAAUAAGAAUUGGAUUGUUUAUUAUCCAUAGACUGUUUCUAUAUAUCUUUCUGGUCCUUCUUGUAUAGCGUAUUGUUCAAUUA